GCGAGCGAGCGACCCACCCAGCGGCAGCGGCGGCAGUAGUACGCUGCGCUCUCGGUGGUAUCACGACGGGUGUUAUCGCGCGCGCCGUACAUAUCGAAGUAAUCGCAUAUACGCAAGUUAUACGACGACGAGUCGGCCGUCCCGUUUUCGCGCACGGGCACACGAGUUACGACGCACGUCGCGCUCACCGCGUCCGCGGGAAGCGAGAGACGGAAGGGACGGCGAGAGCAGGGAUCCUGGCCGCGGAGGAUUCGUGAGGUAUCCUCGGAGCGGGCUUUACUCUCUCGACGUGAAUCGUGGGAUCGUAGGUGGGAAGAGGAAGAAGAGGAUGAAGGGGAUGCUGGCGCUGGCCGCACUGCUCGGCGUCCUGUCGGUCUGCCGGGUGCAGGCGGUGUCGGAGAGGCUCGAAUUGGCACCAGCUGGCGGAAGAUCAGAGCCUCAGGUCGCUACCUUGUGCGAACCUGGCGAGGUAUACCUUGCGCAGCACAUGGGAGAGCAGGGUCGAUGGGUCUCCUCGACCGACAAGAAGAGCUGCAUGACGGACAAGCUGGAGAUCCUGGAGUAUUGUAAGAAGGCUUACCCCAAGAGAGACAUCACCAACAUCGUCGAGUCGUCGCACUACGUUCGAGUGAGCGGCUGGUGCAAGCCCGGAAGAACCAAGUGCAAGCUCUCCCGAUGGGUCAAGCCCUACAGAUGUUUGGAGGGACCCUUCCAGAGCGACGCACUUCUCGUGCCGGAGGGCUGUCUCUUUGAUCAUCUUCAUAAUCAAACAAAAUGCUGGGAGUCUCACAGAUGGAAUGCCACGGCAGCGGAGACUUGCCGGGAGCGAAACAUGAAUCUGCGUAGCUUCGCGAUGUUGCUGCCGUGCGGCAUAUCUCUGUUCUCCGGCGUCGAGUUUGUAUGCUGCCCGAAACACCUGAAAGAGAAUGUGAAGGUGAAGAAGCCGAUCGAUCUGCCGAUACCGAAGAGCGUGGACGACGAUCUCGAUGAGGACGAGGACGAUAUCGAUGACGAGGAUGACCUGGACGGCGACGCUGAGGACGAAGACGCUGAGGACGAAGACAACUCUGACGGUGAUCUCGAAGAUGUGCUGAGCAAUCAACCGGAUGAAGACGAAAGCGAGGAGGAGUAUGACGAUCUUGAUGAUUAUGACACAACUACCAGUCGACCAUCGACGACCGUUUCGACGACGGAGAAAAGCAAGCAAGAUGCAACGGCGAUGCCGCUGCCGAUUAGCACGAGCACACAGCAGCCUUCCCAACCGCAGGGCACUCCCGAUCCUUAUCUGACGCACUUCGAUCCACGGUCCGAGCAUCAGAGUUACAAGCAGGCUCAGAUGCGACUUGAGGAGGUGCACAAGGAGAAAGUUACGAAAGUGAUGAAGGAUUGGAGUGAUCUCGAGGAGAGAUAUCAGGACAUCAGGGCUCACGAUCCCGUUGCCGCAGAUGCUUUCAAACGCUGGAUGACAGCGCGAUUCCAGGAGACGGUUGCAGCGCUCGAAGAGAGUGGCGCGGCGGAGAAGCAUCAGUUAAGCGCAAUGCACCAGCAGAGAGUGCAGGAAGCGGUCAAACAGAGGAACGAGGAAGCUAUGUCGUGCUACACUGCGGCCCUUAACGAGGCGCCGCCAAAUAUGCACCGUAUUCAAAAAUGCCUGCAAAAACUGCUCAGAGCCCUUCACAAAGACAGGCACCAUACAAUAGCCCAUUACAAGCACCUCCUUGACAGCAGCUUGGAACAGGCUCAGCGGGAGAAGCCAGCCACUCUGGAGCAUCUGGCGGAAAUUGAUAGGAUUACCAAUCAGAGCCUCUUGAUGUUAGAACGAUAUCCAGACCUAAGCGCGAAGAUCGGCCGUCUUAUGGACGAUUACGUUUUGGCCCUCAGGAGUAAAGAUGAAACUCCGGGAUUGCUGUUGGCGAUGACGCGUGAGGCGGAGGCAGCUAUUCUAGACAAAUAUCAGGCCGAUGUCGCUAGCAAACAGCAAGAAAAGGAACAUCAGAAGCAGCUCGAGCGAGCGCGCAAGGAACAACGUAAGGCAGAACGCGGAGAGCUACGCACAGAGCAAGAACAACACGAGGAAAGCGACUCGGCAAUCGAUACUAAGGAUAUUCCUCAGCAAUCAGAGCAACCCGCCGCGGUUGCUGCCAUGCAUAAUGAGGGGGUGGUUAGAGCAGCCCACAGCAUGAAUCACGACGUCUCUCACUCCGAGCCAGGUUAUUCCGUAAGACGAGAAGUGUAUCACAGAGAAAGUCGAUCCGUUUACUUUACACUUGCGUUUGCUGGCAUAGCACUCAUGGCGGCUGUAGUUGUUGGUGUUGCGGUAUUCAAGAGGCGCAGUGCGAGAAGCCCUCACAGCCAGGGCUUCAUCGAGGUCGAUCAAGCGGCCACGCCUGAGGAACGACACGUCGCGAAUAUGCAGAUCAACGGUUACGAGAAUCCUACAUACAAAUACUUUGAGGUGAAGGAAUAAUUCGGCCGCCGCCUCGAGAGUUAUCACAGAUAUUUUGAUUUUUGAAGCUGGUCGCAACCGCGUAUUCGUUCUCGCGUAUUUUCUUCAAGAAUCUCAUAGUAUUUUGUUAGAGUAAGAUAUAUAUAAAUAGUAUGUAUAUCUCUAACCCCCGAGAUUCUUCCGAAGAUCCGGACCACGUACAUCCCGGAAAUGCGCAAAUUCAGAAAACGCGUUUCCUAUCGGCAAGAUCGCACUUGCGAUGAGACCACCGCCGUACACAUAGCGUCCGCUUGUAGACACCACGGUCACGUGUAAUUGCGGUGUAAACCGAUUUCGCGCGAAGAAUUGACAAUAUAUAUGUAAAAUACAGUUUGUAGCAGGGACACGCUGGAUGGGAAACGAAACGGAUUCUACGGGAGAUAAAAUGACGUAGAAUUCAGCAUAUGUAUACCUAUGUGCCAUACGAACACGAGUGUUACACGCUAUCUUCGGAAGUAUCUCAUAUACACAUCGUUUUUAUUACGUUUUCAUACAUGUUGAUAUAAAAACGCAGGAAGGAGCGCUCGUGUUGUAAAAGUAGAAAACGCCGUUUUUAGACGUACCUUGAUGUUCCUCCGCCUCUACACGUUAUGCACUCGAACCGGAAGCGCCGCGGAUCGAUUGACGACCGGUGCGGCGUUCGGUGGCUGGUCGCUCUCACUCCACGGGGACGAACGUUCGAACGAUGCUAGAACGCGUUUACACGGAUGAUGUAAGCGUCCAGUGAAUGCGUUGUCGUUGCGCUCUUUGCUGUAUUUUUAGGUUCUGAUAUUUUCGGAGAUAAUCAAUGGCAAUAAGACAUAAUGCAGCUUAAGUACUAAACUCGAAGAAAAAAAAAAUGCGAUAGCGAUCGUAGUAGCUUGUCACUGGGGGCCGCAUAAUAUAGAAAUAAAAUACUACGAUUAAUGGCGUAAUCGUUAACGUUAUGCUAAAGUAACCGAGCGCGCGAGCGAGCUACGCGGCACUCUUAAAAUAUCAGAACAUACACACGUGCAUACACGCGCCAUCUCAUCGUUGCAUGUUUUCACUUCCUCUAUCUUUGUGAUGCAGCUGUUUUAUUCCCUCCGUCUCCGUUCGAUUCCCACUGCCUGGUUUCUCUCGGUGAUCUUUUUCAGUACUUAACGUCUAUUCUUAGAUGAUAAAGAACCUUAAAACGUAAGAAAAUUAAGAAUCAUUGACGUAUUUCGGAGUUAAUAACGAUGACAAGGAAGUAAGAUGUCUCUAUCAUUCCACGCGAAAGUCCAUUUUGUCGAGGUGCUGAGAACGCUAGCAUGGAAAAUGUUCGGUAGCUUCGUUCGAACUCACCGAGGACGUCCGCGACGUAUCGAACAGGUCACGUCGACGCUGUCGAACAAGAGGAACAGUUUAACCGGAGAUCAUUUUUGAGUGGCAUUAGUACCUCCGACUGUGUCGAGAAAGAACGAAAAAAAAAAGAAAAAGAAAGAAGCAGCGGCUGUUAAGAUAAGCGUUUCUUUUUCUUUUCCGCGUUUUGCGUUCUCGGGGGAAAAAAAGGAAAAAAAAGGAUCGUUCAUACAAUAACUAUCUUAGGAUAUUACUAAUUAUAUACGACGACGACGAUGAUGAUAUAAUAUAUUACACGUUUAAUGCUUAUAUAUUUGUAUAUGGUCAAACGAUUAAAAAAAAAAGGAUAGUAGCCAGCACUUUAGCGCCAGGGUCGCGUGGGGAAGCACAGUUUUUUUCUUACUUAUCUUGGAAUACACGUUUUCUGCGCUUUCGUCAAACUUUAUAUAAAGAGGUUUCGGUGGCACUUGCGAUACGAUGCGAUGCAACGUGGCGCAUGUCGCCGUCUGUGAAUAUGCUGCCGCGGUUCAUAGAAUCAUUUACCGUCCUACGGCCAUCGGUGGUCAGUGGUAACGUUUUCAACCACCACAAAAACUUUAAAGACACCUCACCCCAUAAAAAAAAGACGCUAAAGAUCGCGUGACGUCUUUACGAUGCCUGAAAGAUUAGCAUAUCUCUGUGGCGUCUUUGUCAGGAAAAACGUUUUUUAGGUGUCUAAGAGAUUGGAACAUUUUUUUUUUUAAGUCGUCUUUACGACAUCUAUCUAUGGCAGCGGCGCGAUAAGAGCACAAUCAUCGCUAUCGUUAGUGCACCGUUAAUGCACCUUGACACGCUCGGGUCGGUCGAUCAGCCCGGCGUAUCAAUACAGCCGGUAAUAUAUGUUUGAAAGAGACGGAAUUUUCGCUCUCGGCAGUGCGCGAUGGUUACUAUUAUUAUAGAUUACAGUUUAACGCUAAAGAGUCGCUGUUCUGUCUCUUGUGUGAAAUAACGCUUCACACGGUCCAUGCAUGAGUACAUUACAUUCCCAAUUACGUGCUAAGGUGGUCCCCUUCGGAUUGCGCUCACUUUGCUAAGAUUGCAUCGACAGCGAUAAUCGCCGGCGAAUUAGAGCGAUUAAAAGAAAAGAAAGAGAAGAUCCUUCUUUUAGAUAUUGUAUUCCUAAGCGCACGUGAAGCAGCUGCCUUUCCUAUCUAUCUAGCGCAAAUCUCUCUCUCCCACACACAUCGAUCGUUUUGUCUUCACGCAACUCCGGUGGAAAAAGAGUGUGUCAACCGGCGACAAGCAACAAAAAACAGGAUGCAAGACACAGACACACACAUUAAACAAUACAUCGCUAAAUGUUAAAAAUAUUAUUUUAGAUAUAUUGUAAGACGAUAGCAAUUAUACCAGUAAAUGUACUAUGAUUAUAUGAAUAACAGCAGAUAGCAUCAAUGCGUUAACAAUAAUGAUAUAAAAUGUCUAUUAUAUGUGUAUAUGUGUGUGCGUGUGUGUGUGUGUGUACAAUGUACGGGGAUAAUAUAUAGAGAUAUAUAUAUACAAAUAUAUAUAUAUACAUAUAUAUAUAUAGAUAUACACAUGCAUAUACAUGUAUACAUAUUAAAUUAAACAUUAUGUACCUAUAGCGUAUAUAGUCGUUAAACAAACAUGGAGACAACAUCGCAUAUAAAAGAAAAAUCUGACCUUGAUACGGAUUCACAGAUACUGAAGAUCUUGAGCGAUUGUAAAGGAACUUAUUAUUUUUCUAAGGCUCACACAAAGCUAGAGCUGCUCUCGCAGAAAGAUAGUUUGCGAUCAUUACGAUUGGCCUGUAUUGAGGAUGAUUUGUGAUCGGCGUGCGUAUAUAUAUAUAUACAUAUAUAUAUCAUUCGUUAAAUUUAAUCUCGCAAUUAAGUGCAAAGCAAGCAGCGGUUUGGAAUACUGUAUUUCGCGUGUACAAGCAUGCAAGUCGAAUAGCCGAUUUUUACUCGGAGUGAAAACGCGCGAUUGCGCCAAUAACGCAAGCAACAACGGUCCAAUUCUCUCCCGGUGACUUUUCUAGAAGGCAUCGAGGAGGUAUCAGUAUUAGCCAAUAGUCGGAGCAUAUCAUGUUUCGGUGAUUCGAUUGUAGCGGGAAAAGAUAGAAGGAGAGAGAGAAGAGAGAGGGGGAGAAAAGAAGAAGGUCGAUGUGUGCGCUUCAAGAUACUGUGAAUUUGCAUCGGGCCACCUCCGUACGUAUAAGUUUAAGAAUUGAUUUUUGUAAAGAGGUAAUAAGUAUAUAUAUAUAUUAUAUCGAGAUAAUUGAAACUUAGCUUAAAAGCCAUGUGAGACGUGAAGGAGAAGAAAAAAAAGAAAUAUACGUCCUUCAAGUCGCAGUCCAGAGAUUAGCGAGUCCAGAGAACGGAGAAAGAGUAUAUAAUAAUGAGACUAAAACUGGACUUUAUUUUUACAGUUUUUUCGGUGUCUCCUCGCGUCAUCCUCUUGUCUUCGGACGGUUUAUCGAGCAGCACGAUUACGUGUCCACUAUUAAUUCCUCGAUUCUAAAAAAAAAAGCAUCAUGUUCGUUGACCUUUGCGCGACGCGAUAGCGGUCCGAUUAAAAUUCGGGCUCAUUACGAAUCGGGAAUCCGGAUAUAGCCUUCGUUAUCGAAAGAUAAAUUAACCGCGGAACGAAACUUGUGAGUUACGUUCGUUAUAGUAUCGUCAAAUGGUAGCAUGACACAGAUUAAGAUAGUGCGUAGCGCAAGGGCAGCUUAAUUGCCCCCGUUAUGUUUUUAUCGCAUAGCAUAUCGAAAAUUCCAAACUCUGACGAAUGUAUCACUGCGCGCGAAAGAUUUCGCUUUAUCUUUCUGUGAACAAUGGCAAUCCGUAACGAAAACGUUUGAUCACAUGUGAUGAGACUAAAUCAUGCUAGUCAAAAACUACAGCAGCUACAAACGAUCGUUCUGUGAGAGUAUCUGUAGCGUGUUGUUGGAUUUCAAUUAUCAUGCCGCGCAUUAUCAUGCCGAGAAAUUAUCUUGCACAAAAAACGAAUUUUGUAUUUCUUUUAAAUGCAUGGAAUAAUUAAUACGUAUAUGUAUGUAAGAAUUAUUUGUUUUCAGAUAUGUACAUCAUGUAUUUUGUACACGUAUAAUGUGCAGACUGAUUGCAGAGUACGUAAGCGAGCGAGCAAAUCUUUCGAUUUCUGAAAGGACUUUCGGGAGUCGAAGGGCUCAGGAAUGAGAUUAAUUAAUUUUAUUUAUUUAUCUUUUUUUUUAGACGCGGUUUCAGACCUAGUCAAAGCGUGUCUUGCAAGUUUUGAACUUAAUUCGUUCCUGCAUCGCGAAUCUUUUGGGAUUCUCCCUUUUUUAUUAUUGACAAUUGCGCUCGAGAGCAAGUGCCGUGGUUUGCUGUUGUUCACGAGAGACACAAGGGGGGGCAGUGUCGAAAGACUCAAAGGAAAAAAAAAAGCAAACUCUCCUCGUCCCUCUUUCUCCUUCGCAGGUAUUUCUCCUCGCCGCUCACAAAUUUUAACGCAUUAUUACACCCCGUGAAAAGAACGUAUUGUGUUUGUGGAUAUAUGUAAUUUUACUUAUCAAUAAAUAAAUUAUAAAGAA